AUGAUAAAUGAUAUUCCUACUGAUGCUACAAUUACAAUUCGAAUAAUUAAAAAUUUUGAAUAUCGAACUGUUAAAAAUCUGGUUUUACGAAAUAUCAAAUUAGAAACCACGACAAUUGGUGAUUUAAAAAAACUUGUAAUAGAAAAAAUAAAUGCAACACCAACAUUUAAACCUUUUCGUAAUGUUGAUUACGGUAUUUAA